AUGAAUGGUCACGCCAUGCCAAGAGGUUUAGACGAGAUGGCGAAAAAAAAGAAAAGAGAAGAACCCGAUUGCCAACAUGAGAGGUAUGGGUCACAAUUCGAGGUCGCCGCUAUCACACUUGUUAUUGUAAUCGUUGAUCCAAAUUGUGUUGAAUUCGAUUGUUCAACCUUGUGCGCUUUGACAUUUUCGAGGACAGGGAAAACCAAAAUGGUCUAA